AUGGCCAAUCAUACAUUUGUGAUGGAAUUCUUUCUGCUGGGGUUCUCGGAGGUUCGGGAGCUACAGCUGGUCCACGCCGCGCUGUUCCUUCUGGUCUACUUGGCGGCCCUGUUGGGGAAUCUCCUCAUCGUUGCCAUCACCGUCCUCGACCGACGCCUCCACACCCCCAUGUACUUCUUCCUCAGGCACCUGUCCAUCCUUGACCUCUGCUACAUCUCCGUCACUGUCCCCCACUCCAUCCACAAUUCCCUGACUGACCGUAGAUCCAUCUCCUUCCUGGGCUGUGCUGCCCAACUCUAUUUCUUUGCUUGUUUUGCUUCACUGGAGAUCGCCCUGCUCACGGUGAUGUCCUACGAUCGCUACGUGGCCAUUUGCCACCCGCUGCGCUAUGACAUCAUUAUGGACGGAGGGGCCUGUGGGAAGAUGGCCGCCACCUCCUGGCUCAGCGGAGCUCUCUCUGGUCUCGUGCAUACUGUCAACAUCUUUCUCUUGCCUUUUUGUGACUCCAACGUGAUCCACCAGUACUUCUGUGACAUCCCCCAGCUAUUAACCCUGUCCUGCUCACCCUCCAUUGUGCCGGAGUUGGUUCUGUAGGCGUUAGCAUCAUGUUGGGAUUUCGGCUGCUUCCUGUUCAUAGGGGUUUCCUAUUUCCACAUCUUGUCCACUGUACUGAGGAUCCCGUCUGUGCAGGCCAGAACCAAAGCCUUCUCCACCUGCCUGCCCCAUCUCGCUGUGAUAGCCAUAUUUUUCUCCU